AUGCCCCCCACAAGCUUGGCAGUGGGAGCGCCACUCCCGCCAUUGUCGUUGUCCGAUGAGCUGUUUGCGCUAGCGGUAGCUGCGCUUCCGCUAUCCGUGGGUGAGGAGCCACCGCCAAACAAGACCGUCGAUCCCGAGGACGAAGGCUGCGAAGACGAUGUGGAAGACGAUCCAGAUGAUGACGCCGAUGAGGAUGCCGAUAGCUCCGAAGACGGGAAAAAAGUACUCGCUGAAGAGCUCGCAGAGAGUAUCUCCGAGGUGCUCGACAAAUUAGUAGUGGUAGAUUCUGUGUUACUUGGCGAGGAUGUAGCAGAUUCCGCGGCGCUCGGGGAGGAUGUGGCAGUGGCAACCGAUGAAGUUGCGGUCGAGGGCGAUGAAGUCUCUUCAGUGGUCGAGGAACUUGCUUCAUCAGUCGGCGAAGAAGACGAUUCGUUGGUUGGCGAGGAAGUUGCACUGCCGGUUGGCGAGGGAGACGCGCUAUCGGUUGGAGAUGAAGUCACAUCGCUGGUUGUCGACGAAGAUGCGGCUCCGAGUGGUGAAGAGGUUGCACCGCCGGUUGGUGACGAAGAAGCUUCGCUGGUCGUUGACGAGGUCGGCUCACUGGUCGGGGACGAUGUGGUCGGGGAUGAUGUGGUCGGGGACGAAGUCGCACCGGAUGGGGAAGAGCUUGCAGAUUCGGUCGAGCUUCCGGUUCCUACAGUAGCAGCACCAACAGAGACAUCGCUAGUAGGCGAAGACGUCGGCGCAGAUGGGCUUGCUGAGGUUGCUAGACAAGAAAUCAAUAAAAAAAAACGAAAAAGGACACGGAAUUGGAUAAUAUGA